AUGGCUACGGACUAUGCAGCAGAUUUUACCGAGAUGGUGGAAGUGGCCAAAACGAUGAUUCCGCUUUUACGUGACAUGGAUGAACGCGCAAUAUGCGAAAAGUGGAUAUCAAGAGCCAAAUCAUUGCAGGGUAGAGACCUGAACGUACUGAAACACCGAAAUAAUUUUAUGAAGUAUUUUUUAGAACUCAUGAAACAGGCAAUCGCCGAUUCUGGUGAAACGCCAGCAUGUUGUUCGUGGGGUAAACCGGAACCAGGUGUGUUCGACAAACAGCCGCCACCGCCUAAGCCGUUGCCUUAUCAGUGCCAUUGGACUCCGGAUAAAAGGACAUACGUGGCCAUCCAGCCUUUGCCUAACCGCGGUGCCAUGGUGUACAUGGCUGUAGCCGAGAAACCGGAAUUGGGCUGGGAGUUUCCAAAUGAAAAAUUAUGA